AUGGUGCUUGUUGUUUUUACAGAACAUACCGGCAGUGCAAGGGAUUCUAUGCCUCGGAGUAUCCCACCACCUGUACCGUAUCGUAGACGUAAGAGUAAAUCCUCCAAGUCGUCUUGGUUAUCUUCCUUUCGACGCAACCCUCAAGCAGAGAAUCGCCCCCUUCCGGACGUUCCCAAAGACACUACCCCUAUCAUAUCACCCAGUGGUCAGCCCAGUGGUCAGGCCAGUGGUAUAUACAUUACCCCUACAUCAUCAGCCAGGGUCAAUGCUGAUGUCGUCAGGAGUGGUCAUCGUAAGUCACGAUCAUCGUCGUCCUCGUCAAAGAAGAAAACCAGGAGGAAGAGUGCUAAUGAUAUGAUGUCAUCAUCAUCACGUGACCAUUCUCCUAGUGGUUCUGGAUUGAGUUUGGAUUGUGCCAUUGAUGCUGAUGGACCACCGUUACCUCCUCGUACACCAUCGCUUGAGAAGUUGGAGAAACAUCGCUCAAAAAGUGGAAAACACAGCAAGGAAUAUAGGGAUCCUCUCUCUCCGAAGUCACCCAAGGAUCGCUCAGUAUCUUUCGAAGGCGACAGUGACGUAGGGGCGACGAGCGGCAAACACCGAUCCAAAGUACGACGCCAUCAUUCUUCUUCUAAACACAAACAUGGAGAGAAGAAGAUGAGACAAGGUCGAAAGAUGUCUGCUCCUUCCAUCAUGGAACAGAAUGACUCGGGUGCACAACAGAUAGCUGAUCAUAGCUUUGAGGAGGCAACGGAUUAUCUCAUUCCUAACAGCACUCGUGAGGAUUCAAGCAAAGACGAUACCGACGAUGCUUUGUCUCUAACGUCAUCUGUGACGUCACCUUUGACGUCACCCACUGUUCUUACAUUCACUAGCCCUCUUAAACCGUGCAGGAAGUCCAACACGUCUUCAUAUACAUCAACCAAACGGGUUCGUCUACCCGAGCGAACCUUCAACUCACCUGCAGAACUUCCACGUGAUAUGUCGGAACUGACCUGCGGAGAGCUCGGGCAAGCCUUGCGUUUACUACACAUGAGGGAAGAGACUGUAGAACGUUUCGCUAAGCAUCUUGUAAACGGGGCUCUCCUUGAAAAGAUGGAUGCGGAUAUUCUUAAGUCUGAGUUUGAAUUAACGCACUUUGAGCUUUUCAAAAUCAGGCAGUUUGUUUCUGGUUGGAGACCUUAGUCCGUUUUUCAUUAAGUUUACCAUCGUCACUCAUCAACAUUAUCACCAUUUAUUAUCUUCAUAUCUGACCAUUUUAAAUUCUCAAUCAUAUCCUUUACACUGUACCAUUUAGACUAGCAGAAUUAUCACCAAUUGUCAAUGUCAUCAUCACCAUCCUCACCCGUCAUCAUCAA